UUUCUAUUUGUCACUAUGGUCCUGUUGCUGCUGCUGCCUCCUCUCCUCCUCCUGAUCUGUCUGUACUUAGGAUGUUCACCAUGGAGAAUCCGAGGAUCACCUCAGACUCGCAGAAAGUACCCCCCGGGUCCCACUUCUCUACCGUUCCUGGGUAAUAUGUUUGAUCUAGGACGCUCAGAUCUACCUCGCCACUUCCUGCAACUUUCCCAGAAAUACGGCCCCAUUUUCCGACUGAGCUUCUGGGGACAAGAUAUUGUUGUGUUGAACAGUGCAGAGUUAAUCCGCGAAGCUCUCGUCAAGAACUGGGCCGAUUUUGCUGGACGACCCAAAAGCUACAUUGGUGACCUGAUAUCUUAUGGCGGGAAGGAUUUGUCGCUGGGGGACUACACCGCCGUCUGGAAGGUACAGAGACGUCUCACGCACCUGGCCCUACAGAAAAGAGUUCGCCGGGGCCUGGACAAUCUGCUGGAAGAGGAGGCCAGGAUGCUGUGUCAGGACUUCCACCAGCGACAUGGGGAUCCAGUGGACGUAGCUAAAGAGUUCUCCUUGCGCACGUGUAGGGUGAUCGCAGCGUUGACUUUUGGAACAAGUUAUGAGCUCUCAGACCCCGCGUUUCAGGAAAUCCAUAAAUGUGUAUCUAACAUUGUGAAACUAUUUGAGGCUCCAGCUGUCAAUGUGUUGGACAUUGUCCCAAUUCUCAGGAAACUCCCAAAUGGAGCCUUAAACAAUCUCUUGCAGGCUGUAGAGACAAGAAACAGCUUUGUGAAGAGUCACAUGGAGAAACAUAAGUGUGAUCCCCCCACAGAAGAGUCCCAGGAAGACAUUUUGGAUGAAAUGAUCCACUUUCUAAAACAGAAGUGCAAGGUGGAUGACGGUGACGCCUCCCAGCUGACAGAAGAACACCUUCACAUGGCUUCGGUAGAUCUACUCAUUGGAGGGACAGAAACCACGGCCUCCAUACUUACCUGGACCGUGGCCUUCCUUCUCCAUUACCCUGAGGCUCAGGAGAAAAUUCACAAAGAGAUCAUAGAAGCAGUGGGGCCUGACCGAUACCCCGCAUACGCAGAGCGUAACAGCUUACCAUAUCUCAGCGCCACCACCUCAGAGAUCCUUAGAAUGAGGCCGACGGUUCCCCUUGCAAUACCACAUUCUGCCACCAGGGACACCAGUGUGGCAGGUUACACUAUUCCCAAAGGGACUACUCUCAUUCCGAAUAUCUUUGCUGCUCAUCAUGAUAAAACCAUCUGGGAGAAUCCUGAACAGUUUUGCCCCGAUCGAUUCCUGUCCCAUUCAGAAGGCAACCCCACCUCGCGCUCCCUCCUGCCGUUCAGUAUGGGCGCUCGGCUCUGUAUUGGUGAAUCGUUGGCCCGUAUGGAGAUAUUUUAUUUCCUCUCUCACCUCCUGAGGGAUUUCUCCUUCUCCCCGCCCUCGCCGGGUGUUCUGCCUGACUUCCUGGGAGUCUUCGGUGUCAAUUUGAGGUGCCACCCUUUCCUAGUUCGGGCCCUUCCCCGAGAGACCCUCGUCAUGCCACCAGAUACCUCCUGACUUGAUACGAAUAAAGAUUGACUUUUUGAAGA